CCUCGCGCGCAGCGCGAGGCAGAGCGGGCUGCGUCUCACCGCCGCCUAGCGCUCGAAGGGCAGCACCGCCAUCAUCGUCGGAGGAGCGGCAGCGUAAGCCAUGGGCAAGAAGAAGGGCAAGGCCGACGCGGCGCCCACCGGGAAACCAGUGCCCACCUUCUACGUCUCGCCCCACUACGCCGACGACGACAAGGCCGUCGUGAAGCUGCCCAAGGCCCUGUGCACGUGCUGGCGCAACAUCUGCGAGAAGAAGCUCGAGACGUGCGAGGUCUGCUGCUACUCGCCGCGCAACGCGUCGCGGCACUACCAGGUUCUGAACGCGCCGUCGCCGGAGCGCGUCGACCUGAGUCCAAGGUUGGAGCGGGUCAAGCUCGAGACGGCCGCGGCGGGCGGCCAGGCGCGGAGCCAGGUGUUUGGAGAUAGAUUAGAGAGCGACGCCGGCGUCGUGGCGCCCAAGGGGUCAAGAUUAGCGGAUUUACGCGAGGAGCAGCUCGGCGAGCUGUUGUGUAGGUACACGGACGCUGUGGAACGAGAUAAAUUAUUAGGCGUCGAGCGGCCGGACAUCUUGAUAAGGCGCGCUGCAUUAUUAUCGGCGGCGGGCGAGCACGAGCGCGCGAAGAGCGACGCGCAGGAGGCCGUGCGGCUCGUGCCGACGAUGGCCGUGGCCCACUUUCGGGUCGGCGUGGCCGAGUUCGAGCUCGAGAACUACGAGGCCGCCGUGCGGGCCUUCGCCGAGGGCCUCAAGGCGUCGCCCGGGUCCUGCGAUCUCAGGAGAGCGCGGGACGCGGCGCUCGUGGCGCUGCGCGCGCGGCCGGGCCGGCUCGAGGCGCUCCACGCGGCCCAGAGACGUCGCGAGCGCGAGGCCAACGAGAUGGUGAUGCUGAAGAUCAACAAGCUGACGGCCGCGAAGGCCGCCGCGCGCCGCAUCAAGGAGAAGUCUCAAGGCAGCCGGCCGGGUUCGCGGGCAUCGUCUCGGCAAUCUUCGAGGUGACAUAAAUUCAAACACACUAAGUAUAGUAGUCGCUACGCGAUGCGGCAGCUAGCGCCAGUGAGACACUAGCACGCAGCG